AUGACAAUUGGUCUUCGAAAAACUGUUUCAAAUUUACUUGAAGCACUUGUAAACGAAACAGCUGUCGAUAUACAAUGGCCAUAUGGAAAUACGGUGAUAGCGACAAUCGCAGAUGUCCAAGAUCCCAAGGUACGACAUUCGAUCACUGCCAACUGUGAAAAGAGUCCAUUCUCGAAUGAAGUGGAACAUUUUGAAUGGGGAACUAUAAUGAUUGAUGAAUGUCCUGUGGAAAACAUGACUGAUUUACUUCUACUAGGCUUCAAUCAAAAACAGUGUUCUAUUUUGAAGCAAAACAUCGAAGCAACUGACUAUCUCGAAACGAUUUAUGAACAAUGUCGUACAUCACAACCGAAAAUAUUGAAAUAUCUUGCGAAUUUGAUUGGAUCUUCAUUUCCGUUGAAUUUCGAUCCGACACAACCAAAAGCAUAUGCCAUGCUAUUAGCACAAGUUCCAGCACGUGAGGCACUCAUUAUUACCGAAACAUGUGGGAAUGUUGAUGGAUCAACUGGAAAUCCAAUAAAAAAUGUAAUGAUUGGCCAAAAGCCCGGUGCAAUACAACAUCAUCCGAUUUCGGUGGCUUUCCAACAUGGGACUUCUCAAAUUCAGCUUGUUUCUCACCCAAAUGCUACAAUGCACGAAGCAGGUUCAAUUCCGAAGCAUCUUUUAAAUAGAUUUAAAUUCUACACAGAUAACAAUCAAGUUCCGAUGAACAACUAUGCUACCAACGUAGCUAAUAAGCAAUCGAAUAUUCAGGGUACGAUUGAUGCGUUUGUUUUAUUAUCAAAACGUAGUUUCAUUCCAAUCGAUGGUGAUUUUCAAAUUAAAACAAGUUUUCCGGCACAAAUCACAUCAGAGAAUCGUAUUAUUGAUUGGAAUACAGCUGAAGAUGCCAUUGAAUGUGCUCGAGUUGUUGCACAAUUGGCAAGUCUCGAAAAACUGCCAGAUCAUGUCUGGAUACUACCAACAUUGUUCGCAGCUCAAGUUAAGGGCGAUGACAAUACAACAUUUUACAUUCGUGGUGGUCUCAGUGACGCCUACAGCAACGGAGCUCUUGUUGGCAUACCUGAACAUCUGACGCCGAUUACGGCAUGUGCUCUCACUGCUCGAAAUAUUAUUACAUCUGACAAAACAUUAUUUGAAAGUUUAGUUGAAUUUGGUUUCGAUGCAGUGGCCUUAUUUAGAGACAUAUCAGAUGCUAUUAUCGGCGCCCAAUUACACUUCAUAGCUAUUCGUUGGAUACCUGAUGCUCAUACACAAAAUGUAGCCUAUUUAUUGGACAUGCAUCAAAAAUGUUUUGCAGGUCUUCUCCUCAAAGAUUCUGAAUGUGAAAAAAAUAAAAUAAUCCGUGGAGGAAAAUUGGCAUCUUUGAUAUUUGCUUCGACACCUCCGUCAAAAUAUGAACAAAGCUUAACGCAGCGAAUUAUUGUUUCUACACUUUACUUUCAUCAUACGAUUUAUACGAAGCAUAUUGAACCAUUGGCGCGACUCUUGAACAAGAAAUAUCAUAUAUCUAUUGUGGAUAUUCAGACAAUUACACACAAUAGUUUAACAUCGUGGCUCCAGAAGAAUAUAAAUGCGGACAUGGAACAUAAGAUUGAUCUUACUGGUCGAUACUACGAAAGAAACUUGGCUUGUAAAACAUUGAAAAUUGGCGAACCACCUCACUAUCGUCUUUUGCCGAAUCAUAAAUUGAUUCCAGCGAUUCAUUGA